AUUUUUAAUGUAAGAUUUUGUCCACAAGACACAAUAAUUACUGAAUUUACACAAAUGAACCAGUUCAGAAGUUUACACACGCUCGAUUCUGCUUUUAUGUUUUGUGUUUGUGAUAGAUAACCUUUUGUAAUAGUUUUGCAGCUACAGUUGGAAAUCGGUCAAAUAUGCAGAAGAUGCCGGGAAAGCAUAUCCAGGACCCGGAGGAUGUUUCUGAAGAACAGUGGGCGGUUUAACUGCUCGGAACAAACGAGGGACUCGUGAACAACUCUCGUGAAAACGUUGAUCAUCCAGCCAACAGCACAAAAAUGAACUGGUUCAUUUGUGUAAAUUCGGUUACUGUUGUGUCUUGUGGACUAUAUGUAAACAUCUGUUGUGUGAAAUAGCUUCUUCGGGGCGGUACUAAAUAAACAACAAAGACGCACGUUUUAAUCGCCCCUCUAAUUAUUAGUUUCGUGAUUAACGUUUUGCGGAUUCUGCAAGGGGUGUGUAAAUUUAUGAGCACGACUGUAGGUGUAGCUCAUAUAAAUGUCACGUUUGACACUAUUCUUCUCACACAGCUAUUUAAAGUAAACUAUGAACUUUGGUGUGGUUUGCCACUCUUUGCAUCGUUAAAAAAGAUUCACUUCAACACUAAAGGCAAGAGAUCAAACAAUAGGGAAACACCACUAUAAGGUAGACACACACCAAUCCCUAGUAUAUACAGGAUCACUCUUCCUUCAUCAUCACUGUGUAUGGAUUUAGCUUUUAGAGUAUAUAUGUAUAGAGAAUUUCCAAAAGUGACCUCUUGACUAAAGAAUGUAACCUUAAAUCAAAAGAGGAAGAAAAACCGUCUGUGUGAGAAAGAAACAGACAGAAAAAAAAAAACUAAGAAAAGAGAAGUGAGGCAGGAAGUUGAGUGGCUUGUGGUAAACAGCUCACAGAAGUAGCAGUGAGAUGCUUAGUGCUGUGAUGCGCAGAAGACCUUGAAAGUAUCCGUACCCAGAGCGUAUCAGUGUUCGACACUCAGCUCUGUGAAAGCGUUCUCAGUGUGAUCCCAGAACAACAUUUCGUGUCGCGUUCGUUCGUUCGCCCGUCACGAAGACCGUGAGAAGUGAUCGAAUUAUUUGAACAUCACAAACAUGGGAAACAGUGGAGAGGAGGGAAAACUGCACCGAAAACUGUCUCGCAUAGGGAGCAGGAGUCAGAGGGAACCACCAAGACCUCCACCUCAAGCGGAAAGGCCUCCACCUGCCGCCCCACCCAGACAACCUGAACCUGCUCCAAAACCUCCAGAGGCUUCUGCAAAACCUGUAGAGCCUGCACCCAAACAGCAAGUGGUCUGCCCAAAGCCCCCUGACGCCUCCUUAAAGCCCAGUAUUCCUCCCAAACCUCACAUACAGGUGUUCAAUAGCAAGGAGCAUGGAAAUGCCAUACUCCAGGGUCUGGAUCAUUUUCGCUGUGAUGAAACCUUGUGUGAUGUCACUCUGGUGCCCGGCGAUAGCGCUGAAACCUUUCCGGUUCACAGAGUGAUCAUGGCUUCCGCCAGUGACUACUUCAAGGCCAUGUUCACAGGUGGAAUGAAAGAGCAGGAGCUGGCUGAAAUUAAACUACAUGGAGUGAGCAGCACAGGCCUGAAGAACAUUAUUGAGUUUAUUUAUACCUCUCAGCUAAGUUUGAACUUAGGCACGCUCCAGGACACUCUGGAGGCUGCCAGUUUUCUCCAGGUGCUUCCAGUUCUCAGCUUCUGCAAUCAGCUACUUAGCAGUGAGGUCACCAUAGAAAACUGCACAGAAGUUGAGCGCAUUGCUAAUGAUCUUCUCCUGGAGGAUGUCCAGACCCACAUACACAACUUUGUCUGUGAGAACUUCUCAGCUCUAGUGCAGAGUGGACGUUUCCUGCAGCUUUCUGAGGCUAGCAUAGCACAUGCCCUAUCCAGUGAUUCACUGAAAGGAUUCUCAGAGAUGGAGCUCUAUCGCACUGCCCGUGCUUGGCUGGCACAUAAACCCAGUGAACGCCGGCCUGCGGCCUACUCCUUGAUGCGCCACGUUCGCUUCCCCCUGAUGAGCCCUGCUGAACUCCUACAGAUAUCUCAGGAGGACCAGAUUGAUGAGGCAAGCGGUGAUGAAAAGGAAGGCAGGGAGCCAUUCAUGCGUUCUGACACAGCUUGCGUGAACCUACUCUUGGAGGCUAGCAACUACCAGAUGCUGCCGUUCCUUCAGCCUUCACUCCAGACCGAGAGGACUCGCAUUCGUUCAGAUACAACGCACCUUCUGGCUCUGGGUGGGGUGAUGAGGCAACAGCUGGUGGUGAGCAAGGAGCUUAGGCUGUAUGAUGAGGAAGGAAGAGGCACCUGGAGGGCCCUCCAGCCAAUGGAAGUGCCUCGCUACCAGCAUGGAGUGGCUCUCUUAGGGGGCUUCCUUUACAUCGUAGGAGGGCAGAGCACUUAUGACACAAAGGGUAAGACAGCAGUGGACAGUGCGUACAGGUACGACCCUCGUUUUGACCGCUGGCUGCAGGUGGCCUCCCUGAAUGAGAAGCGGACAUUCUUCCAUCUGAGUGCUCUGAAGGGGAAGCUCUACGCUGCUGGGGGAAGAAACGCCACUGGAGAGAUUGACACGGUGGAGUGUUAUAACCUGAGCAAGAACGAGUGGACCUUUGUGGCUCCCAUGAGUGAGCCUCAUUAUGGCCAUGCUGGUACAGUGCACGGAGGAUUAAUGUAUGUGUCUGGGGGAAUAACGAGAGACGCUUUCCAGAAAGAGUUGGCUUGUUAUGACCCAGACACAAACUUGUGGAGUCGUCGUGCAGACAUGAUGGAGCUGCGUGGACUCCACUGCAUGUGCACUGUAGGAGACCGACUCUACGUUAUGGGUGGAAACCACUUCCGUGGAACAAAUGACUAUGAUGAUGUCCUCAGUUGUGAAUACUACACUCCUGCAAUUGACCAGUGGACAGUGGUGGCUCCGAUGCCCCGAGGUCAGAGUGACGUUGGCGUGGCCGUGUUUAAAGGCAGAAUUUAUGUGGUAGGAGGCUACUCUUGGAACAGUCGUUGUAUGGUCGACAUUGUGCAGUGUUAUGACCCUGAAGUGGAUGAGUGGGAGAGGGUAUUUAAUGUGCUGGAGCCUUUAGGAGGUAUACGUGCUUGCACCAUGACUGUACAUCGUCCAAGUGGGUCUGUAGAUGAAGAGCAGAUACAGGAAUGUCUCCUUCAGACAACUAAGAGCUGAGGAACAGAGGAGAAAUGACAUAUUGACAUGUCUGAAAAAUACACAAUGAGUGUAUAUGCGUGUGUAAUUUUCAGGAUAUAUAUAUAUAUAUAUAUAUAUAUAUAUAUAUAUAUAUAUAUAUAUAUAUAUAUAUAUAUAUAUAUAUAUAUAUGUAUAUAUAUAUAUAUGUAUGUGUGUGUGUGUGUGUGAAUGGAGAGUGUUCUGGAGAAUUAGACUAGGUGCCCCUGUAUAAACCGCAUAUGAAAUACUUUUAAUAAUGUGGCUUUACGAAAUGGAUCCCAGUUUAUUUGAUUCACGUGGAAACUUGCUUUUGUACCAACCACUGAUUAGAAGUAUUAUAUGGACAUCGAGUCUUGAGGAACAAGAACGCAAACUGUGAAUAUUGUUUGUGUGCAUUGUGUGUAUUACUGUAUGUUACUCCUUUUUACUCUUUGUGUAGCAUUAACAACAACAACAAAAAGACCUGCUUUUUAUACAGUCUCUUCCUAACUAUAUUUCAGUAAACUAUAAUGCAAUAAAUAACGCAAAUAUCUCAAAUAGUGAUGUGAUCUGAUUAGCUGAAAAACAUUCUAGACAUACUAUUAUAUCUGUAUCGAAUGUACAUUUUAUAUGGGGUGUUAUUGGAAAUGACAUCAUGGCUGUGAUGAUCUACAGAACUGGCUGAAGAGUCAUGAUGAUGAUAAUAUACAAGUAUAAUGUGUUCUAUUGCUUAAACCCUGGAUGAGAUGCCAGACCAUCACAGGGCACCAUGCACAAACCAUCAUGAAAACAUCAGUUGAGGGAAUAUCCUUUGGUAAGAAUGGUGUUUAUCACUCCAGUACUGUUCCAGAGGUGUGUAUACUUAAUUAACGUACAGUUCCUUAGGGUGAGAUAGCCUUAACGUACAGUUCCUUAGGGUGAGAUAGCCUUAACGUACAGUUCCUUAGGGUGAGAUAGCCUUAACGUACAGUUCCUUAGGGUGAGAUAGCCUUAACGUACAGUUCCUUAGGGUGAGAUAGUCUUAACGUACAGUUCCUUAGGGUGAGAUAGCCAGUUGGGGGGGUCCAUCCUGCUAUAAAACACAUUGUCUCUUCCAUUUGGUAUUCUGGCCACUGAUACACUUCAUAGAAGCUCAGGGGUGUAAAAGGGUGCUUUGCACAAUACAUGGGGCUUCUGCCAUCAAGGGCCUUUACCAUCAGGGGCUUUUACCAUCAGAGAUGCUUUACCAUCACUCAUAUUAUAUCUGUGACAUUGACCAUCACUUUGUAAGUUCUCUUUGUUUCUAAUUUCUGUAUAUCGUUCAUUUGGAUUUUGUAUAAUAAAUUCAUUUGUGAUUCUA